CUGGGGAAAAUGGUUUUGAACGGCCAUCCGAUGCUAGUCGGACAUAGGAAACUCGGAAAUAUCCGACUUAUUGAUUCGUUGAACGCGGCACGUGUAUAACUAAAACCAGUUUGCAAGUCGGACAUUUCAGAGUUUCUUAGUUCCGACUAAAAGAUCACAGACGUCAUGAUUUGACCUCAUUCUUUCACGAAUACUCAGUUGUCUUGCAAGCAGCGAUAGCUGGAGCCGACGCUUGCGUUAUUCCUCAUAUUCAUUCAAAUGAUAUGUUUGGGUGUCAUCAAUGUGUGUGCUCUUUUUGGCCGAGAUUGUGUAGACGUCAUUCACAGGCGCCUUUGUUUUUGCUAUCUUGCGGCUAGCAGCUAGCUCACCGGAGCUUUGUGUACUAAGCUAUUUUAUCUCAAUUAUAGAAUUCUAUUGACGUUUUGUUGAUAUAGUAAUCUCUAAACGUUGAGCCGUUCACCGUCAGACAAAGUUUCUACCGAACAAGGAGACCCAUGGAGUCGGCAGUGGAGGCGGCGGAGAGUUCCCCCAUUGUUACAGAACGCGAGAAACCUAUUCGGUCUGCAGUAGAGACAGUGGAGCGUCCUUCUUCUACCAUUUCAGAAGGGAAGGAACCCACACCAUCAGCCGUGGAGGACCAGGAUGUCACCAUAGUUUCAGAAAGGAAGAAAACUACACCUUCUACAGUGGAGACGGCAGACGAUGAUGUCACUAUCAUUUCAGAAAGCAAGAAACCCACGACAGCACAGCUGGCAGUGGAGACCGUGGAGAAUGCCUCUAUAAUUUCAGAAAGCUCGUCACACGAAGGCCAUCGCCUGUGGAUCGGGAACAUCGAUCCUAAAAUCACAGAGUAUCACCUGGUGAAGCUUCUGGAGAAGUUUGGGAAGGUGAAACAGUUUGACUUCCUGUUCCACAAGUCUGGACCGUUGGAGGGCCAGCCCCGGGGAUACUGCUUCGUUAACUUCCACACCAAAGAGGAGGCUGAGAGGGCGAUCCAUUGUCUGAAUGGGAAGCUGGCCCUGUCCAAGAAGCUGGUGGUGCGCUGGGCACACGCACAGGUAAAGAGGUUUGAGGGUUUCAGAGGGGAUAAGAAUGGUCCUGCCAGCCUGGAGCCGUCCUGCAGCGCAGAACUAGACUUACCAACCAAUCUCAGUACGAGUGCGAAGAUUCGUGCGAUCGAGGCCAAGCUUCAGAUGAUGGAGGAGAACCCAGACGAGGAGUACCAGGGCCCCUCAGCCUACAUGUACAACAAGCCUCCGGAGAAGAAACGCCAACAGCCUUACAGCAGACCCUUCCGCAAGUUCAGGAGAUGACACACAGGGGACCGAACAUCCAACACCUAGGCUUGCAAAAUUCCCCCGGUAACUUUCCCCAAACUCCCAGGUUUUCCAGAAUUCCUUGUUUGAAGAUUCCCCGUGUUGGAAGAUUCCCAAUAUCAGAAGGGAAUAAGCAGGACAUCUGGAAUCCUCCAACCAGGAUUUCUGGAAAACUUGGGAAUUUUGACAAAGUUACUGGAAUUUUGCAACCCUACCAAUACCUGACUGGCUCAGUGACUUCCUCUACAGCGGUCUCCUGUAAUACAUUAACAGAUUCCAAGACAAUUGAAGUGCUAAUUAAUGUUACCAUGAUGCGAACGUAUAUAUGGAAUAUGCUCAGAUUGUUAAAUUAUUAUUACACUGUAGUGUUGUGGGAGUUGCCUGAUGCCAAUCUGUUUGUGCUAUUAUCCCAACUUCUUGUCACUCAUUGACAAUGACUGCAAUGAAGUUGGCAAGAGCACAAAAAGAUCUGGGACCAGGCUAUAGUGGGAGUCAGGCCACCAAACUGUAUGACUUCAGGUUUGGACAGAUGGCAACAAGCCAUUACAUUUUUUUCCUAUUGUGUGUUUACUUGGAAGAGGAAUUAUAAUUUUUUUGUCAAGGAAGGUUUUGUUUUUUUGUAAUCUACUUUUCUACAACUUCAGCCAAAACUAUUUUCAAUGGCUAUAUGUAUUGUAUGAUGUGUAGAAUAUCACACCUUCCAUUUAUCUUACUAUUGUUUUUCUGUUUGUAUUUUUUCAAAUACACUGUUAUUGUAAUGCUUCAUUUCUGUCUUUGCGUUCAGUGUUGGGAGUUUGACAUUAAUACCCUUCAUAAUUCCAAUUUGACCUGAUGUAGUUAAUACCGUAUAAUACGUUUCCCACAUGCGUUACUUGUUAUCAUUAGCUACAGACCGAUAAUGUCGGUCUGGAACAAAAAAGAAGGCAAGGCAUAAAAUCAUGUAUUUUAAAACUGAGUGGUUGUCACCAUUCUGUGUUUCUUGUGAUCAAACAAGGUUACGCUAAAUGUAUUUUAUUCAUAACACGUGGCUAUGUUUGAGUGUGAUUUGAGGGUCAUCAUAAGUGAAGAAUGUUGAGCAACUGUGGGCAAUAUAACUAUUUUUAUUUAUGCUAUGACACCCAGUAAACUACAUUGCAACUCAACUCGUAGAUUACAUUGUUCAAUCAUAAAAUUGUCUUUGAAAACAAAUAAUAUUUGUAUUUUUUUAUUUCAAUGUAAAUAUACCGCCCUAUAUUGUU